CAAAAACUGAUGAUUUGAAUGAGUUACGUUCACUCAUUCUUGCUUCAUUUGAUUGGUUGUAUUAAAACUGAACUCAACUCAAAUUCAUUGAAAACAUGAUUAGAUAUCGUUCUCAUCAUUUAAAAUCUGAUUACUACAGGCAGAGCAGUCAGUUUAACAGCCAUGAUUAAUUUCAAACAAACCCUACUUGUUGUUAUGAUAAUUUCCGCCAUACAGACUAGUGAAACAGCUGUGGCAUCCGGUCCUCAUGCAUUCAUUCCAACUACAUGGGGGAACAAUCCGUAUCCCGUAACAUAUUCAGCCUCAGAUCAUACACCAUACGCGGUGGUAGGGCAAGAUCCACAAACGAUUAUCCCGAGCUCUAAGACGAAAUAUAUCAACCGUUAUUCAAUUGUUCGGGCAAAUGUACCGUCCUACUCGCUAGUUAUGCAACCAAACAUGAAUACCGAUCUCAAACAACCAACAUAUUUAGUUGCCCAACAACCCAUAUCGAGUCACUCAUCUAUCACGUAUCCUCGAGACCAACAAACCCAAACGGCUGCAACAAACAGUGGUUCUGAUGACGAAAUCGAAAUCAUGCCGAAGACAAUGAACCAGAACUCACAGUACUCAGACGCUUCUAUUGUUGGUAGCCCGGAUGACGGAGUUAUUGGCAGUAGUGGUGGUGUCCUCGGAAGUCCGCAAGAUGUUGCAGUAGUUGAAAGCGCGGGUCAGUCAGUUUAUUCGGGUGACAUGAGGCAAAAUCAGUAUAUUUAUCCCAAUGUAGUACCACUAAAUCCAAGAUUUUACAGUCCACUCAUGAAUCCCCUUCGAUAUCAACUAGAUAAGCGCAUUAAUACUGUGCAGCUUGGGAUGAAUCAAUACGACCAGCCGUUGUACGGUCAGGUACCUACCAGAGCGAUCCCUCCAUCACAGUAUACAAAUGGACUUACAGGCACUAGUGUGUAAGUUCUCUUAAAUUUCAUAAUAUAGUUUGAUCU